AUGAGAAGAUUGUGCUCAACCAACGAUGACGAAAAAGGGUUGGAGACAUUAUUGGAGAUAUCCAUGCCGGAAAAUGUGUUCACCAACACGGGCAUGAACGCCGCAAAAAGAUGGCAGCAAAUGCGCAAUCUUUCGAUGACGCACCAUGCCCGGCUCACCAAGUGGCUCACGGCAUUGUCGACCACCAGCGAUGGAGGUGAUGGUCCAAAAGACAAACAAUUUAUGUACCUCUUGAAGAUUGCUAGCUCGUCGUUCAUCCCAUUCCAGGUUCAACUUGAUCGUACACUCGAAAUGCCCGUAAAAGAUGGUUCCAUUGAAGCAUCAAUGGCAAAAUACAUCGUACGACACUACAUAGCAGCAACCGGAGGGCAUACUGCCCUAAACUCGGUGAACAGUAUGUCUACCGUAUGUCAAGUGAACAUGACACAAAGCCAAAUCCUUGGUGAUGGUCAAGAGAGCCCAACCACCAGACAUAUUUCUGACUCGGGUGCGUUUGUGUUGUGCCAAAAGAACCCUAAUUUGUGGUACCUGGAGCUAGUGGUUUCUGAUUCCACGGUGAGUGCUGGAAGUGACGGCAGCGUGACCUGGAGCCAGUCGUCUUUGAAGCCUUCUCAGUGUUACCGAGGACCUCCAAGACCACUACGGCGAUUCUUUCAGGGCCUAGAUCCCAGAUCAACCACCAACCUAUUCUUGAGCACGGUUUGCGUCGGAGAGAAGGUGAUCAUGAACGAAGAUUGUUUCAUACUUAAACUGGACACAAGCCAAGAUAUCCUAAACGGACAAAGUACAGCAAACACGGAGAUCAUGCACCAUACCAUAUGGGGCUAUUUCAGUCAAAGAACGGGCCUCCUGAUUCAAUUCGAAGAUACUAGAUUGGUCAAAAUGAAGUCAACAAGGAAGACUGGUGAUUAUUAUGUGUAUUAUGAGACAAGAAUGGAAUCAUCCCUUGAAGAUUACAGACAAAUAGAUGGGAUCAACAUAGCACAUUAUGGGAAAACGGUGACGACAAUUGAUAGAUACGGGCAUGGCGAGAACGUGAGAUGGAAGGUCGAGGAGACGUGUACAGUUAAAGAGGUGGAGUUCAACGUCUGUUGUUUAUCAACCGAUUCUUUCUUGCCUCCUGUGGAUGUGAAAACCGAAGAAUAA